AUCAGGAAUUCCAGCAAAUUAUUACCAUUCGGAUGUAGAGAAGAAAAACAAAACUAUUAUACAAAAUGAAUGGCAAUCAGGAAGGCUUCAAAUUGUUGUUGGAACCACAGCCUUUGGAAUGG